CUUCAAUGGAUUUUCGGCCCUAAAAAGGUAAAAAGAUCUGCAAACCACCUGCUACACUGCCUGCAAGCAGAUCGCGGCCCGAUAGCGGCGUGGAUCCAUAGUUCGCGCUUCCAUUUUGUCACAAAUCACGAAAAAAACCGCUUGCAAUCCCAUCAAAAUAUAGAGAUCAAGCCCAGCCAGCCAGCCAGCCAGCGAGCGAGGGAGAGAGAGAAUAAAAACUGCACCUUUCUGUAAGAGCGUACGUGCACGAGAGGGGAGCUUGGGCAGAACUCCAUUGCUCCCACUUGACAGUUUUCCGAGCCUCGCGGUGGGCGAAGGAUGCCGCUGACGAGCGUUCAGGUGUCGGAGGAUGUGUGGUUGACAUGCCUCGCGCAUUCGCUUACCACGGAGACGGAGGAGAUCAUGGGCCUUCUCUUCGGGGACAUUCAGGAUUUGAACAAUGGGAACAAAACCGCUCUAAUAUGGGGUGCAUCACCACAAAUGAGAUCUGAUCGUCGAAAAGAUCGAGUGGAGACAAAUCCUGAGCAGUUGGCUGCAGCAUCAGCGCAGGCUGAGAAACUAUCACAGACAAUUGGAAGGACUACAAGGGUCAUUGGGUGGUACCAUUCACAUCCACAUAUUACAGUUCUCCCAUCUCAUGUAGAUGUUCGUACUCAGGCAAUGUAUCAGAUGCUGGAUAGGGGCUUCAUUGGGCUGAUAUUUUCUUGCUUCAGUGAGGAUGCUCAGAAGGUUGGCAGAAUCCAGGUCAUUGCUUUUCAAUCUGCUGAUUUGAAACAGAGAUAUGAAUCUCCUGCUAGAGAUGCAACUGUAGAUAUUGAAACUUCUUCGAGUUGGAGUUCCUUUGAUAAUCCUAGAUCAGCUUCAGAAUCUCCUGUUAUUGAGAGCAUUGAACAGGACAGUGGUGACUCAAGAAUGACAAAAACUGCUAAGAUUGGUAGAUCUUCUGAUAUGGAGCAAUUCUGUACUCAUAACGACAUCAAGUAUUUAGAGAAGCAGAAAAUGGCGGAAAGUUCCAUUGUAGUCUUCAACGCAGAGAAUUUGCAUGAGACUUCAACCAAUACGGAUUCUAUUGAUAUGUCAGACAGUGUACAAGAAGCAUUGCACCGGUCAAGCAUGGACAUAAGUGGCGCAGAGUAUAUCAGGAUGGAAGUCCCAUUAAUUGUGCUUCCCACCAGGGCUCUACUGAAGCUCGACUCUCCAUUAUCUUCGUUCACCGAUAUGCAACAUAUGUUAUUUGAGGAGGAACAGUCCGCUUACAAACAGGCCCUUCUACAAAACAUGCGCAAUGGAAAGAUACACCCGCUCGCUUACAUACAUCACACAUCAACCUAUCAGGCAUCACUGUGCAAGUUGAUCGAAUAUUGCUUGAGUCCUGCUGUAAAAGUACUUCAAGAUCGUUUAAAAGAGAAUGAGAUUAGGCUUGGAAUUUUGAUGGAAGAGGGCAUCUCAUUGGAGAGGGAGUUGAACCUGGAAUCCUCCCCCAGGCGGCAUCAAGGAGGUGCAUUGACAUUGCAAAGAGAAAUGCGUAGUUCAGGGGAAUCUGGUUCGAGAAGCCCCAGCGGCAUCAGCAACAGGAGAAAGACACCUUGAAUUUUCUAAAGCACUUGUAGCCUCUCCUUUCUCUUGUGAAGGUUUGUUGUAAGUUGCGCUGUGCCUCUCACACGUUUUGUUUCCUUGAGAAUUUCUUAGUGAAUUAUGUAUUGCGUCGAGAGAACUUCCAUAUUUAUAUCCUGUUUUAUGAUGCAAGGUUUGUAGCUGAUGGAUGAGCUUGCUUAUUACUGCUAUGGCUGAUUCCUUUUUGUUGAGCCAAAAUAUUUCUAUUCAGUGUAGUCUUAUUUC